AUGCGGAGCUCACGUUGUUCCCCCGUAAGCAGCCGGGUCGGAAAAUCGCCGCCACGCAGCUCACAAUCCCUAGGCCUUGGGAAGACUGGUAGUAAUCAAGCUAAUUGGUUGACUGGAAAUCUCCCACGAUUGUUCCACGACCUCCGGUGCUUCUCUCACGGCGCCCACGUCAUUGAUUACCCAAGAUCAGCCUGUUUCGCAACAUACUGGGUUCAGGACAUUGAGGAGAGCGUUUUCCCUCUUCUGUUUCCCUCUUCUUCCUCGAGCUCGUUAGUCAUGUUAAUGACAUCCGACAAGUGCGCAACUAGCGGCCGGGCUCAGGCCGCGCAUCACUCGGCUGGAGCACAAUGGAACGUCACGAUCGACGAUAUCGACCCAUCUAUAGUAUAUUCGCCGGCUGACGCAUGGUACUCGACAUCAGAAAAUUGCACAGUUUGUCUGAGUCCUUCAGUCAUCAACUCAUAUCAUGAAGGGCUUCACCUCCUACCGCCGUAUCCCAAUGCUGUCGCAUCCGCACCAUCCCUCUCUCAGCCUACAGGUGUCCCAAAAGCCGCCGACGAUGUGGGACUGGGCGAUUUAGAAGUGACUCUUAAGUAUGAUUUUAGUGGCUCUGCUGUAUAUCUAUUCGGUAUCCAGCCGCUUGCAGCGUCAAACUCGACGAUGGCUCCGACUACGAUGAACCUCUCAUUUACCCUGGAUCAAACAUUAUAUCCGAAUUUUGUGUCAACGGGAACACAAGGUGGCACAGGCUUCCGUUCGAACGUUUCUGUAUUCAAAGAAGAAGGCCUAACAGAGGGCCCCCACGCUCUCACCGUAGAAAUAGGCCUAGGAUCAGCCUUCUUGUUUGAUUAUCUGGUGUAUACGACAACAAAUUCCACAAACAACGCUUCUGCGCCAAUAGAACAAACACAAGCCGCCUCUUCUGCACGACCGAAAAACAACAACAAUAUUGCAACAUUCGGAGGGGCGGUCGGCGGGAGUGUCGGCGUAUUGGCCCUUCUCUUCCUUGGCCUCGCCUUCAGCAUUAUCAGACGACGAAAGAAAAGCGCUCUCCGCGACCGCCUCGAGCGCAGUUUAAGGCCAGAGAUGAUAGGCCCAUCAAACUUCGUGGAAAGGUUUUUCCCCCAUGACCCAAUGGACCAAACACAAAGGGAGAUCGUGGUUCCUAGCGUGCCGCCGCCAACAUAUGGUGCCGCGCUCUCAUCUCCUACCACUGGCGCUUCCACCCCAUUUUCUAGUCACCUCGGUCCGCAUUCGCUGCACGCUCCAUCGCGAACUUUGUCCUAUGCGGAUAUACCCCCUGCGUCGCUUCCGCCGACCCCGUCACUAGAUCAGUUACCACCACCUUUUUCCGGCGGAAACACCCCCUCUGAUUCAAUUAUGGCUCCAGGGGCUGCGCUGCCGCUUUUUCACAAUUCUAAUUUCGUCGAGGGAGACGUGAUAAGCGGGGAUGCCGGAUCCCACAUAGUUCCUCUCAUGCGUCAAAGUGGUUCCAAUUCUAGGACGUCUUCUCAGGUCACCCCGCCACCGAAAUAA